AUGGACUCUCCCCAAGUUCGCGUCGACAAGCCCGAAGCUCAGCCAGCUCAGCCAGCUCAGCCAGUUGAGCCAGCUCCGUCUGCUCCGUCUGCUCCAUCUGCUCCAUCUGAUCAGAUUGUGCAGCCUUCGCAAGAUGCCAGUGCCAGUGCUGUGACGGAGGUGGAGAUGGGAGCCACGCAAGAAGAUGCGACAGACGUGCAAGAAGUAGCUGCCCCUGCUCCAGCGCCUGUCAAGAAGUCUACUGGUAUCCACUACUUAGACUUCAUGACCACUUCAGUGGUCGAGAUCAUUGUCGGAAAAGGCGACAAAGAGACCUUGAUGAAGCCGCAUCAAGGCUUGCUGAUGCAGGUGCCAUUUUUCGCAGAGCUAUUGGAUAAAUUGGAGGAACCUCGACGAAUUGAUCUCCCAGAAGAAGACGUCGAUGCCUUCGCCUACUUCCUGGAAUUCCUGUACACUCGCGACUAUACCAUCCCAGAGUCCGACGCGGGGGCCUCCGAAGCAGACAAGAGUGAGGAGAACAUGCUUCACCAUGCGCGGACCUACACACUGGCAGAAAAGCUCGGUCUACCAGCGCUGAAGAACCUCGCACACGGCAAGAUUCACAAAAUCAAGGGAACACCUGCAGCAGAGCUUGCCUAUGCCCGAUACGUGUACACGCACACUCCAGCGGACGACACGGCCAUCCGGAGGCCAGUGGCCUCUCACUGGGCCAACCAGAGUCACGCUCUGCGCCACGAGGUUGGUGACGACUUCCAGAAACUGUGUAUCGAAGUUCCUCAAUUCUCCUUCGAUGUGUUGUCGAUCAUUCUGGAUCGGAGGGAAAAAAGCAACGCCCAUGAUGAUAUCAAGGGGAGUGCGCGUAAGCGCACCAGAAGGGAGAUUUAG